UGCCAACGCUGGGCGUGCCCGACUCCGCUCAACAAGCUUGCAUUUUGAGUUAUGGCCACAGGACGAAGACAGAUUGAAAUCUUUGUGAGGAACGCCCAAGACGAGUACAUUACGACGGUGACGCUGCACUCUAGUGGGGGAGACGGGCACUCGUCCUCAUCGUCAUCUUCUCCUGCCGCCUCGGAUGCACUGCCGUUGCGAUGCGUGGUGGAGGACUACACCCGGGAUGCCUCGGUGAUGGGAACGAGGGCAGGCGGAGCGGUGACGCUGGUCGCGGUGCGGAAUGCGGACAAACUCAAGUCCUUUCGAUCGUAUCUGGCAGGGCGAAAGAAGGCGGGCGUCGUCAAGCUGCCGGGGGGUGGGCGCCUCGUGCUGCUCCCGACAGCAGCAGACCCCCGCGAUGUUUCGGGUGAGAGCAUCGUCGGGUUGAUACAACAACAACAACGUGGCGGUGCAGCCGUCCUAGCCAGGUCUCCUGUUGCCGCGGCACCCCCGCUGGCGCCGCCGCAGCAACCUUGUUCUUUGGCAUACAGCAAUAGCUCGAAUACGCCAGCGCCCUCGCCGCCACCGCCUGCAUCGAGUAGUAGAAACAACAUUAGUAAUAGUGGGGGUGGCGGUGCUAGUGGUGGCGGCGGCAGCGGCGGCAGCGGCGGCGGCGAAGAAAAGGAGCCGGCAGCAUCGCUCGGAGGGUUCCUGGGGUCACUGAUGGGCAGCAUGGACCAGACUCACAAAAGCGUGGCCGGCACGGCAGCGGUGGACAGAGCGAACCGGGCGCAAGAUCAGGCAAUCAAGCAGCGCGUUUCAAACUUCGAAGCGGAAGUGCGAGAGAAAAUAGCGGUGUUUUCGACGAACCCCGAAGCCAUCUCUCACACGUUCCCCCACGUCGAGAAGAGCCUUCGAUCAAUCCAGCACAGUCUUGCCGAAGACUUUGAUGGCAUCACCACGAGAACGGAGGGAGAGUUGGACGACAGACGUGUGGUGUUGUACAAGCUGGGUUACGAGCCGCCAGAGGAGGAGGUCCAGGUGGACACGCAGGUCCACCUUGGUCUGGCGAGAAAUACCUUGUCGUCGGCCUCCUCGGCGAGCGCAGCACCCAUGCCCGCGCUCGGCGGUAGCGCCGGCGGCGGGACCAGCGCGGGCGGAGGCGGCGACGUCGGCAGUGCGGACUUGGUGCGGAUCGGGACGGUCGUGAAGGACCGGCGGACGGUGCAGGACAUCGAGGAAGAAUCGAGAAAACGGCGCCGUCGCUGUUGAAUGAUUUUUGUUUUUGCACCAUCCAUUUUUUUGAUGCGGGGUUGGCAUCGUACCUCGCGGUUGAAUCAAAUCAAUGUGCAAUCGGUGCUGUUUUUCGUCGGGGUUCGAAAAUUGGUAUGUGUAGAUUGGUGCAGUGUUUCUUGAUGGGGGUACCGCUAGGUGCUUUUGGCGCGGCUAGAGAGAAUGUUUCGGAACGAUUUUACCGUCUGCGGGGUAUCAUUGAGUGGGAGAAACGGUAGAAAAUGUGGUGGCCACAGCGUCUAGUAAAGGUCACGAACACGAACUUGAGAUUGUCACCUGUGUCAUGUUGAGGAGGGGGGGUAGAGGUGGGACUGCGGGCGUGUUUUUUUUUCUUGUGGCUGCCCUAGGGAUUGGGAUCGGUGCACUAAUAUUGAAGAUGCGCUACACGGUGGAUAGACACGAGUUCCGAGCUGGGGCAACAGGUUGGCUGGUUCCCCCUCCCCCGAACGGCUGUAAGACUGGACUGGCUGAGAGCCACGACGUUCGUAGGUUCCGUAGCUUCUUCCGAGAAGAAGGUUAUAGAGCGUUUUACUACAUUUUUGAGGGGACCCGUCAAGAAGACGUGGCCGAAUCCAGGCGGCACACUCACAUCCAAACAACCAAAGGG